AGUUUAUGCACAAUCUGUUUCUUUCACUUUCAUUUCUCAUUCUCAUCUCAUCUCAUCUCAAGAAUCAUGGAAGAGAAGCAGUUGCUACUGAGACUGCAGCCCCAAGACCUGUGCUGCACUAUCUGUUAUAAUCUUUACAACUACCCCACCACUCUGCCCUGCGGACACACUUUCUGUAAAGUGUGCAUAGAGAAAUUCUGGGAAAGCCAAAGGAGUACAAAGUGCGAGUGUCCCUUGUGCAAGAAAUCCUUCCAGACCAAGCCUGUACUUUGCAAGAACACAGAUAUCGCACAACUGCUUGACACUGUGCAGGAACUGGACAGUAAAGCACAUGAACAAUGUCAGCACUGCAUUGGAGAUGGGGCCUUAAAACUCUGCUUAUCCUGCAUGGCCCCUCUGUGCACAAACCACUUAGUGCUGCACAGCGGCCAGCGACAUCUGCUGGUCAAUCUCAUCACUACAACUUGGCCCUGCAAGCGGCAUGAGAAAGGGUUGCAGUAUUUCUGUAUGUCGCAUAGCUCUCCUGUGUGUUCAAUGUGUGUGUCGCAGCACAAAGAAUGCCAGACUUUCCAGCUGCUAGAGUUAUACACAAGGAAGAAGGAGGAAAUUAAGAAGAGGAUAACUGAUCUGGAAAUAACUAUAUCAAGUAAAGAAAGGAGUGUAGCCAGUCAAAAGGAAAUUUACUGUGAAGCCCAGAUAUUUAUUAGUGAUAUUAAAGAUAAGCUCACCAAGAACUUCAGAGAGAUGAGGGAGUAUAUAGAGAAGCAGGAAAGGGCAUCCUUCUGGCGGAUGAAACAAGAACAGGACACUGCGCAAAAGCAGUCAUCGGAAAGGAUUCAGCAUCUGACCGCUGACAUAGAUGUUAUGAAGAAGCUGAGAGGACAGCUGGAAGAUCAGUUAGAAAAUGACUGUAUAGCAGUGCUGAAGGGGAUUGGAUCAGAAAAUAUAUACAGGCCGACGUCUUCAGCAGAGAGACAAAACAUCAUUGAUGAAAACAGGCUUGCAGACACAAGUCAUAAUAUAUCCCAAAUGAAAAAGAAUCUCCUUUCUCACCCACUGCUUGAACAUCUUCACUGUCCUCCAAAACAAGUGCUUGAAGACACUUUGGUACUGCCUACUGAACCUUCAGCCUCCUGUACACAGGAAAUGAAUGUAAGAGUUGCAGAGAAAGGUCCAAGGAAACUUCUGCAGUGGGCCACCACUGUGUCUUUUGAUGGAGAUACAGUCAACUAUCGCUUGUCUCUUUCUGAAGACUUUAAGACAGUGACAGUGACGGGUAAGAAUCAGUAUCCAAAACAUGAGCGCAGAUUCACACUCAGUCAGGUCCUCUGUGCUGAAGGAUUCUCCACAGAAUGCAGCUACUGGGAGAUCGACACAAAUAACAGUGAUGGAUGGAGCAUUGGGGCUGCAGCAUUAGAGAUUGAGAAUCAUGGACAACUUGGCCGAAACCACUUAUCCUGGUGUGUAGAAUGGAACAAGGAACAAUUAUCUGCGUGGCAUAAAAAUGAAAACAUCAUGCUAGAUUUACCAAAACCUUCUGUGGUGGGUGUGCUUCUUAAAUGUGCAGAAAAGGUCAUCUCCUUUUAUUCCAUUACAGCUGAAAGUGAGAUACUGCUUCAGUCCUACAAACUGAAUUUCCAGACACGGAUAUUCCCUGCAGUUUGGUUAUAUGGUCUAAAAAAAGGGAAUUCAUUGACUAUAUGUGAUAUAAAUAGGCAGUAGCAGCUCUUGCCACGGGCAAGCAGGCUUUUUGCCCGGGGCGCCGCUAUCCCGAGGGUGCCGCCGCUGCUGUGGCAAGAGCCGGUUCUAAUCCACCCUCACUCCCCGCUCCCCAUCUGCAGCGAGUGCCGUGUGCGCCCGCUGCAGCCGGCGUCGCUGACUGACGCUAGAGGUCAAAAUUGACCCCAAGUGUCAGUGCGGCGCUGCUAUGGAAGAGACGUCAUGACAUCUCUACCAUAGAGAGGAGCCGGCGCCCGGAGACAGCAGCAGCAGCGGUCCGGAAGCAGGAGUGAGGCUGGUAAGUAUUUUUUUUUUUGUUAGGGUUUCAAAGUGGCGCUACUACAGGGGGCACAUACUGGGGGCACAGCUACUGGGGGCGCUACUACAGGGGGCACAGCUACAAGGGGCACAGCUACCGGGGGCAAAUCUACAGGGGGCACAUACUGGGGGCACUACUACAGGGGGCACUGCUACUGGGGGAAAAUCAACUGAGGGCACAGCUACAAGGGGCACUGCUACAGGGGGCACUGUUACACGGGCACAGCUACAGGGAGCACAACUACUAGUGACACAACUACAGGGGGCACUGCUACAGGGGGGAUAGCUACUGGGGGAAAAUUAACUGAGGGCACAGCUGCUGGGGGUCCAGCUACUGGGGGCAAAUCUACAGGGGGCACAACUACUGGGGGCACUACUACAGGGGCACUGCUACAGGGUGCAAAUCAACUGGGGGCACAGCUACAAGGGGCACUGCUACUGGGGGCACAGCUACAAGUGGCAUAACUACAGGGGGCUCUACUAAAGGGGGCACUGCUACAGGGGGAACAGCUACUGGGGGGAAAUUAACUGGGUGUACAGCUACAGGGGGGCACAAGUACAGGAGGAUAACUGUGGGCAUGCCCCUUCCCUAUGAAGAAGCCACGCCCCUUCCCUAUGAAGAAGCCAUGCCCCUGUUUUGGGGCGCGCGCACCAACUGUAUUUUACCUGGGGGGGGGGGGGGGGG